GCAAGUGUGCGUAAUGCGUUUUAGGGGCGAGACGGAAGGAGGCGCAUUUGGGAAAUCUUGCUGAAUUACAAGACGAAUGUUCCCCCUUGAGGAAUUUCAGGUCGUCCUUGUGAAAAGCUACCCAUGCACGCCACCAACCCCCACCACCACCACCACUCCUUUUGCCUCUCUAUCUCCCAUUCUCUCUAUCCUCCCUGCUUCCCCUCCCCUCCGCUUGCAGAUCACCUUAUUGGUCGCUGGGAUGGAGCAACUGCGCUCAAGCGUGCCGUUAGCGCACCAUCAUGUCUUUGACCGGUCCGCGUUUGGGAUGCUGUUUAAGUCCACGGCUUAGAAGAGGACAGGUGUUAACGCGCCUUGUUAGAAAAGACCGUCGGAAACAGGUUAAGUUUGUGGAUUUGUAAGCGGACGGCGCACUGUUGCGGCUGCAGCGGUCUGCAUCUGCAGGCGCGGAGGGUUUCCCCCCCUCCCGCUGUAAUAUUUAUGACAAAACGGAGAAGAAAUAUUCUGGUCACGUUUUGGGCUGACAACCGGCUGUCCUGGAGAGCGCUGGAGUGGAUCAGGGGUCCAGUGCUGGAGAAGGCGCUGCGCACAGACACCUGCAGUACAAUGUAAUGGGAAUUCCCAUCAACCAAACGGAUCCAGAUCUGGUCACCAUCUCCACCACUGUCUCAUCUGAGCCAGAGAAAAAGGAAACAUAGACAAUGGUCAGGUGCUGUUGCUAUGCAUGAAGGACCACUGUUAUGUCAAUGGAGACAGACGGCUAUCGUGACCUCCUGGAGACCAGUGAUGGUCAGGGGGUUGGCCUGCUGGAUGGCGGGGGAGAGGUGGGCGUGGAGGAGGGCUGGAACACACCCUAUCCUUUUGGUUUCCAGGUGUCACUGACCACUGUCCUCGUACUGGAACUGGUGUUGGGCUUCAGCAGCAAUCUGACAGUACUUGUUCUCUAUUGUGCCCAGUCCAACCUGGUAGAUUCCGUCAGCAACCUCGUGACCGUCAACCUCCAUGUGCUCGACAUACUGGUCUGUGUGCUCUGCUUGCCACUGACAGUGGCUGUGAUCCUGGUACCAGCGAAUGAAAAUGGGCUUAACAGCUUGGCUACACUUUGCUGCUUCCAUGAAGCUUGUGUCACAUUCACAAGUGUGGCUACAGCAGUUAAUGUAUUGGUGAUCAGUUUGGACAGAUAUGACAUCUCGGUACGUCCAGCCAGUCGUUUGCUGACCCCUAGGCGUGCUGCAUUGCUCCUAGCAGCAGUUUGGGCCAUCUCUCUGGCUGUUUUCUUCCUGCCCUUCCUUGAAGGGGACUUCUUCUCUUCAUUGGCUAAGGAUACUGAGGAUGAAGAGCUGGAUAGGAAGAAUAAUGACUUAGAGCUCACUACUGAACAUACCCCCAUUUUUUCAUCCUUCUCUCCUUCUUUAUUGCCCUCCACCAUUCCCUCCUCUUCCUCACACUCCAUGCCACCUGUAUGGCAAAACAGGACAUUGUUAUGUGUUGGAGGACAGGGGUAUUACACUGGUAUGGCAAUGUAUUAUCACUUGUUACUCCAAGUACCUUGUUUCUUUAUAGCUGUUGCAGUCAUGCUGUUCACCUACUCCAGGAUCCUGCAGGCCCUCAACAUCCGCAUAGGUUCCCAUAUGAUGAGGAACACACGGUCAAAGGACUCCACCUGCAGGAUACGUUGCAGAAGGAAGAGGAGGAGAGAACUAAGCCUGCCAACAGAAGCAGUGUCCAACCAAAAUCAAAACCCCAGUAACCCGUCCCAUACCCCCUCUGGUGCCCCAACUCCAACAUCACCUCCAUCAGUACUUUCAAUGCCCCCUGGGAUGUCUGAUAGUGGGGCUACAGUAACUACUGUCAGCACUGCAGCAACCACCCCUAUUGCAACCACCCCAGCUUCUCCAACUCCACCUUCAGCUCCAGUUCGAACCCAUGCCUCCACACCUUUGCCCGCUUCAUCUGUUGGUGUGCAGGCUUCAGUUUCAGCUAUCAUUGCUUUGAGAAGGGCAGUGCGCAGGCACAGGGACAGACGCGAACGGCAGCGUCGCGUCCUGAAGAUGUCUUUAAUCAUUAUAUCUACCUUCCUGGGCUGUUGGGCCCCUCUGUCUGCAGUAAACGUACUGAUCCUUUGCAUGGGUCCCAGUGACGGCCUGGUUGAGCUGCGUUUGUGCUUUUUGGCCAUGGCUUAUGGGACGACCAUUUUUCACCCUCUGCUCUAUGCUUUCACAAGGCAGAAACUGCGGCGUGCCCUCAAGACACGUGUAAAGAAAAGGGUAGUAUCACUUCUGCAGGUGGACCCAGCUCCCAGUGGGGGGACUGUGAUUCAUAACUCUUGGGUUGAGGGGGGAGGCCAGAGAAAAGGCCGUAAGUCACGGGUGGAGGCUAGUGAUGGCACUGAUCGAUGUCUCACCGAAGCAGUGAGAGAAUGAAGCUGGGUCUUUAAAGACCAGCUGUGCAUUAGAGAACAUUGUGCAGGUUCAAAAUAAUGUAUCUUAAGUAAGAAACUGAUUGAGAUGGAUUGCUUGUAUAUUUGUGAGUAGUUUGUAGGACAAAUGAGCAGGAUAUAGUUUACAAAGGUCAUAAAAAACUUUUACUCUCCAGUUUUUCAUAAGAUUGGGAACCAGGAGAGUUUUAAUCUCUUAUGAGAGCUUGCUUUUUGCUCUCCUUACAUAUGCCCUUGCAAAUCCACCUCUUACUGCCACUAGGCAAAUGCUAUAACAAACCUUCACAUAACCACUCUGAUUGCUAGUGUGAUCCCUUCAUGUAAUGUAAGGGUUAAAUAUCUGCAAUGGCAUACAAAUCAGUAUUGCUCCUCUGUGCACUUUUAUCUGCAUGUGCAUGUAUAUAUGCACAGUUGAAAACACAAAAGCAAAGCCCCACACACACAGACAAACACUCAGUGCACACUUACGUACAUAUAGUCACUCUCUGUGAAAGCACACAAAUAUCUACCUGCACAGGUGUUCUCAGUGAUGAAAACAUUUCUGAAAACGUUUUUUUUUUUUUUUUUCAUUAUUUCAUGCCUUAAAUGAGUUGUUUGUAUAUUGUCAUGGUGCUGAAUGUCUGGCUGUAUGUUUACAAUAUCGUUAUUAAACCAGAGAAAAUAAAAUCUUUGCAGUGACUGCAAAAAGUAUAGCAAAGUAGUGCACUAAUCAGGGAUAACAUUAUGACCACCAACAGAUGAUAUGAACCUGAAAGAUUUUCCCCUUGUCAUGGUACCUGUUAUUUAGUGUAUUCUCUGAUACAGUCUACACAAAAUGCAUGUUAAAAACACACAUCCAUUUUCAUCCUUAUCUGAGAUUAAAUAAAACAAGAUUUUUAGAUCAGGCAGUUUGGAACAAUACAUUUAACUUCUCAGCCAUAUUAAGGCAUUUCUUUUAAUAAUUCAUGAUUAAAGACAUGAUUCUGUUUGGGUUGUAAGGUAUACAAGUGCAUCCUGCAGUAAAUCACCCAAAACAUAAUGCUGUCGCUCUUCCUCAUAGUGAAGAUGGUUUAGCCUCUAAGUAUCUUCUUUUUUGUUUCCAAUGUAACAAUUUUCUUAAAGAGAAACACUUUAAUUUUCAUUACAUUAUUUUGAUAUCAGUGUAAAAUAUGGUUUGUGUGUACACAUAUCUGGUUCUAAAUGUAUUAGGCAAUAAUGUGGAGGUAUUUUCUCAAAGUUAAUGUGUCAGAAGGAAAAUGCGAAAGGUUUUGAAUUAGUUUAAAAAAGGACAUAUUUGGAUCUCUAGGCAUAUAGUAGACUAUAGGCAUAUAUGAUAAAAUAAUGCCAUUACCACCUACGGAGUAUUAUUUUGUUAUUGUUUUUGUUAUUUUAUACCAACCCGGGAAAAAAAACUCUUCAUUUCAAAUAAAAAUGUCUCUCCCCGUUUGGGUGCCAUCCAUUUUUGGAAGUUGCUGUGUUACAUCAAUUCUGAAGGCUGAACAAAGUCCAAGACCUCUCGAAGCUAAACAACAGAUUUUCACGACUUGGACAUUGAUAAGAAAAUAACAUCUGCUGUCCCUCUUCAGAUUCAGAUUCAGCCCUUCUCAACUGGAAAAAAGUGGUUGUUUGUUUACAGUGUAGGCAGAGCAUUGUCACAGUAGGUGUUUCCUAGAGGGGACAGGUUAACACUUUCCUGCAAAAGACCAUAACGAUUACUUGUUAUUUACAGAUAAUUUUAGGACUGGUGCUGUGAGAGCAGAAUUCAUGAGGAUUACUCAAACAUACAUCAAACAUAAUACCACUUUGUACAUGAUUUUGAUUAAUGAAUAGCAUUGCAACAUAUUUAAAAGCUUACCAAAACUUGAUUUUGCAUGAUAUAGGUCCUUUAAAUGAAAGGGAGAGAACAUUUUCAAAACGGCAGCCUGUGCUAUUUGCUGUGUGUAUCAAAAGUCAUUUAUGGGUUGGGAAUAGAUGGGGCAUAGCUGUAUUGCAGGCGCUAUACAUAUUAUGAAGAGACACAGCUGUUUGAGGUUUAACACUCCGCUUUGGAACCUUUGCUGUGUAUUUUUUAUUUUUUUGUUGUUGUUCUAUAUUUCACCUUCUCUCCAUCUGAUGUCUGAUUAUAAUCAAUGACAUGGUAAGGGGAAAAAAAAAAAAAAAAUCUCUUUAAAGAGGUGUCAGUAGUGCACCGGAUAAAGGAUAAUGGCCUCCAUGGCUUAAUGGUGUAAAUGAGGAGUGUUGCUCAAAUUGUUGAAGGAGUUCAUGUUGACUCUGUUACAAAAAGCAUACAUAGCUGUCAGUGUGCCCAUGCUGGUCAUAAUGAUAUGCCUCAGUGUUAAUUAAAAGCAUAGAAAUUAAAAGUUUACAUAUGCAUAAAAUUACAUAAAAUUACCAGGAAAAAGCAAAAACAAAAGGAAAAAACAAAGAAAGAUAUGAUUGACCUCUACUUUAAUUCUUACUUUGCAACUUUUUAAGGAAAAUGUGUACAGGUCCAGCUGAGAGGCAUGUUUCUGUUUUUUAACAUGAGUUCCAAACGUUAUAGUGAAAACAGGUUGUGUGAUCGUGUCAGUAUGUUUGCACAUUUGCAGGAUGUGUAAAUGAAGACAUGUAUGUGUUUUAGCCAAUAAUUAUGUGCAAUAAAACACAAGCAAAUCAAUGGUCCCCACUUAGAAUGUGAACAGAGUGAAUGUUUUGGGUUUUUUUUCUUUUUUUUAUCAAGGUUUUAGAAAAGUACAAAAAGAAAGGGACUUAAGCUUAUUUUAACAGCAGGAUGCUGGAUAUUAGAAUUAUAUAAAUACAUAUGUGGGGCGUUUUUGUUACUAUGUGUAUAUGAAAAUUCACUAUAGUACUACUAUAAUAGCAUCACUGCAGUUUUAAAGAGGGAAUUAAAGGGCAAUAUUUUGUAAAAAAUGAACAUUAAAAAUGUCUGAAGCCAGUGCAGAUUAACUAGAGGCAUAAACAUGAGAAAAAACCCCAACAACCUCUAACAUGGGACAGCUCCUCAUGUUAUCUCUUAGUUGCUCUGGAUGGCAGCUGUGGGAGAGUAUUUUCAAUUAUGACAUACAAAAACAGCCUCUGGACUAAGACCUGAACACGUUACACAAUACAGUCUCUUUUUCUCCUCAGGGUUUCGUGUCUCAUUUUUCCAACUCUCUGGACAAAAAAAAAAAGAAACAACAAAGGACUAAUAAUAACAACAACAACCAGCCCUCAGUCUACUGUUGUGUUAUGGAUGUUAGAAUAGGUCACAGUUUGUGUCACCAGAGUUCACUUUUUAUGAACUGAAGACUUUAAAGUUUCCUUUAGCCUUGGGCUUUAUUAUUCUCACCCUUCUUACAAACGACUUGUGAGCCAAAUUGGAAGAAAAUGACCCUUGUGUAUUCAUGUACAUUUUCAGGGAUGUAAAUACUUAACUGUUUGUUUUGUGUUUUUGUCAGAAUUCCCCUUUCCUUAGAUAGCUAUCAUCUGCAGGACAGAAAACCAUUGUGAAAAACUCUUAUCAAGCAGGAGAGUUAUAAAAUAGAAACAUGUAAGAGUAUUUGUUUUAAAAAUGUAUGUGUAUACACUGUAAUUUACAUUUAUGACCAUAUGUAUAGAGAACUAUUAGAAUUGUAGAAGAUUUAUAAUAUGUGCUAUUGUAUAGAAAUAAAUUAAAUCUGUAUUAAAACAUC